AUGCAGCGAGAUCCAGCUUCUCCUGCCUCUCAUGCCUCCGCAUCCGCACAGGCCGACUACAACCUCUCUCCCUCUUCUCUAUGGCAGGAUGGUCGAAAACGCAAAAAUGCCCCGCCUGGCUCACGCAGUGUCGACACCCUCACCCCAGAGCAGCUUGCCAAAAAGCGUGCCAACGACCGGGAAGCCCAACGUGCCAUUCGAGAGCGCACAAAGCAGACCAUUGAGAAUCUGGAGCGCAGGAUACAGGAGCUGACAUCCCACCAACCGUAUCAAGAGCUUGAAGCCGUCAUCAGACAGAAAGAUGCCAUCCAGGCCGAGAAUGAGGAGAUUCGGAGGAGGCUCGCCUCGGUCAUGUCCAUCAUUCAACCCAUAGUAGGAGCACAGGGUUUGACUGAUCUCGCAACCGCCGCGCAGCACAAUGUCCACGCUGGACCAAGCCAAGCGAAUCCCCAUCCCAGACCUGUCUUCCCGCCAAAUAACGGCGCCCAAGCCGAUCCAACCUCCUUCAACAGCCAGCGAAAUAGGAGUGCAAGCUUCUCCCUCUCUCCCAAUAUCUCACAAGGCCACUUAGAAGCCUCAACGCAUCCCUCGCCAUUUGGAGCAGAAGGGGCCGAGGAGCACAGGCAUUUACCUACAUCCAGAGAUGCUCUGAACAACCAGCGAGACAACCUCCAACGGAGUCUCGAAUUGAAUGAUGGCGGGGAACGUGUCAAUUUUGGUUUCCUGCUCGAUCUUUUGGGACAGCGAACAGGCAAUGCUGGCCCUCAACCUCGACCGCGACCUCAACAACCGCAGAUGCAGCAGCAGACCUCGCCUGACAGUCUGGGCUCCGCUUAUCCAGCCCUUCCUUCAGCUCUGCCCGACCAACUACAACUUCCCACAGCAUCCUGGAGUGUCCUUCCCAAGAACAGUCCGCCCACAUGCCCUCUCGAUAGUUUACUCCUCAAAUUCUUACAAUCUCGUCAGCGUGAACCUGUGGGGGGCGCCAACGCUCUUCCCACCACACCGUCCUACCCUUCUGUUUCCUCUCUCCUGAAUCCUAGCAGGCCCCGCCGCUCGCUUGACGACUUAUCCCAGCUUAUGACGGACAUCAUCUCUAAAUUCCCCAACAUUUCUGAACUGCCUGAGCAAGUGGCGACAUUGUAUGUCAUGUUCACCCGUAUGCGCUGGCAAAUCCACCCGACCAAGGAGAACUACGAGCGGCUACCCGAAUGGUCCCGGCCUACCCCGGCGCAAGUUUUCCACCCUCAUCCAGCAUGGAUGGAUCAUAUCCUCUGGCCGCGGAUGCGAGAUAAGGUCGUGGCGAACCCACAGGAUUAUCCUUUCGACAAUUGGUUCUUUCCAUAUACUUCGGGUCUCAGUGUCAACUGGCCGUACGAUCCGGUGGAUUGUCUACUGAGCACCUCGGAGAAAGAAGAGCCGGUUAUCAAUCCAGUCUUUGAGAGCCACAUUCGGCGCCUUGAGAACUGGAGUUUGGGACCCUUGUUUGCCGAGACCUAUCCUAAUUUGGCGGAUACGGCGAGAAUCAAGUGGAGAGAGCCUUGA